AUGGCGGAGGUGACCCAGGAAAAAGAGCCUUUGACCAGUACAUCUAUUGCACCAUCUGCUUGGGUGCCGGAAAGGCCGGAAAAAGGGCCAGACUAUUAUAGGAGUCGUCGUGAAGAGUUGAAAGAGUUCAUUGCGAAAGAUGAACUUGUACCAAUGCCUUCGGUCAUGGAGACUGGCAACAAGGACAAUCUCCCUAUUGACGGACACCUGGCCAAGACGUGUCCAACCAAGAAGCCAGCACCGUCGGCGAAGCAGGCACCGGUACCAACAUCAGUGGUGCCCAGAGAAGAAUCAACGAAGAAAGCUUCCGGUAGCGAAUGGACGGAAGUGGUGAGAAGGAGAGCAAAAGUGGCAACCUCACCUCUCCAGCAGCAGCAGCAGCUCCCGGAGAAGGCUGCAGUCAGCCAGCAGCAGGAGCAGAACGCUGAUACAAAGAAGCAGCAGGAGCAGGCGGCUACGGAACAACUGCAGGACGUCCCGGAUAAGGAGGGAGAAAAACAACAGCAGGAACGGGUGGCCGUCAAACAACAUCAGCAGAAGUCGGAUGGCCCCAGUAAAGGGGCUGCUAAACGAAAGCAGCUGAAGCAGCAGCAGCAGCAGCGAGAACAGCAGCAGCAGCAGCAACCGGCGCAGCAGGAACAGCAGCAGCAACAGCAGCAGCUGUCUGAGAAAGAGGUCCAACCGGAACAAGUGGACCCAGAAGGAAAGGAGAGCAAGGCGGAGAAGGUAUUUUCCGCGCCGGCAUCACCAGACAGAACGGCAAAAGAUCGUCAACAAGGUAAGACGAGAAGCCAGUACUCUUCCCCUACUAGGGUUCCGUCUUCCCCCUCUCCCUCCCCCAACCAAUCCAAAGACAAAAAGAAGAGGCAUUGGUCCAGAGGGGAGAAAAUUUGUGUGGUGGACCGCGUGCGUCUCGAGAGGGACCUUUCCUCCCAGAGGAAGGCGCUCUUGAGGCCUCUUUUCAAGUGCACCUCUGUUGAUGGCAAAUCAACAGAGGAUCCAAGGAACUUUCCUGGCGCCCCCGGUGUUAUUACAUUGAUCAGGAAUACCGAGGAUUUUAACCUUUUCUUCUUCUUCUUCUUCUUCUUCUUCUUCUUCUUCUUCUUCUCCUCCUCCUCCUCCUCCCCUCCUCUCCUCCUCUUCUUCUUCUUGUGUCCUUUCUAG